AUGCUACAAUAUCAUUCACUUUAUCAGCAGCAACAACAGCAACAAUCGCCGCCGCAUAGCCACAACAACAGCAACAACAAUGGACAGCUGCCACGCCUGAGCAGUGCUGCUGCUGCGCACAGCAGCAAUCAGUAUCAACAGCAGAACAACAACAGCAACAUGGGCCACAACAAUCACAGCAGCAAUGCGCAACGCCAGCAACAUAAUUCCAACAAUGUUGCUGCCCACAACAUGCUCAGCUACAAUCAGCAACAGCAACAUCACAGCAGCAGCAGCAACAUGCAACUGCACAGCAGCAAUGGCUUAAGCUUAAGUCCACACGGCAGCAACAUGCAACUGCACAGCAGCAAUGGCUUGAGCUUAAGUCCACACAGCAGCAACAUGCAACAACAAUUCAACAGCAGCAACGGCAACAGCCACCUCCAUAGCCUCAGCUUGAGUUCACACGGCAGCAACAUGCAACAUAAUAGCAACAAUGGCUUAAGCUUAAGUCCACACAGCAGCAACAGCAACAUCAGCAUGCAACAACAACACAGCAGCAAUAGCAAUGGCUUCGGCUUAAGCCCACACAGCAGCAACAGCAACAGCAACAUGCAACAACAACAACAACAACACAGCAGCAACGGCAACAGCAGCAGCAGCAGCGGCCAUCACAUGCAACAAUCUGGCAACAAUCACAUGCUUUCAACACAGCAACAAUUGCUGGACUACGGCUAUGGCAUGGAUCAACAGCAACAUGCACAAAAGCUGCAAAAGCUACUGAGCAGCAACAGCUUCUCAGCGGCAACAACUGCAACUGCAACAGCUGCAACAGCUGCAACAGCAACAACUGCAACGGCAACACACGCAAAUGGCGGCUUUUUGUGGCCCACAUAA